AUGCUGCGACACUGUCAGGAAGAUGGCUUUCUGAUACUUGGGGAAUAUCUUUCUGCGUUUGUGAUGCAGAUAUGGCUUCUGAGGACGAAAUCAGUCUUCUCGUCAUCGUGGUGGACGUUAGUCCCAUCUGGUGGGGCCAACAGUCGCAGAAAGAGCCCGAGUUCACCCUGUCCAAGUGCAUGGAUGCUGUGAUGCUGAUGGGGAACUCGCACCUUGUUAUGAACAGGAGCAACAAACUCGCCAUUAUUGCCAGCCAUUGUCAGGAGAGUCACUUCCUUUACCCCAAUAAGCACUGGAAAGCUGGUGAUUUUACAGGAGAUGAGGCAGCAUCAAGCAGUGGAGACGGCAAAUAUGAGCUCCUGUCGGUAGCCAAUGAGCUCAUUGCUGAAGAGAUCAGAAAUCUCAUGGCGAGAACUGAUGUGAGGGGCCAACAGACAGAAACGUUGCUGGCAGGAUCACUUGCAAAAGCACUCUGUUAUAUCCACAGGCUUUCAAAGGAACUUGAAGCUGGACCAGAAAUGAAAUCAAGAAUACUGGUAAUAAAGGCUGCAGAAGAUUGUGCAUUACAGUACAUGAACUUCAUGAAUGUUAUUUUUGCUGCACAGAAGCAGAGCAUACUUAUAGACGCAUGUGUCCUGGAUUCUGACUCUGGACUUCUGCAGCAGGCGUGUGAUAUUACAGGGGGGCUGUAUUUGAAAAUACCACAGAAGAUUGCUCUGGCACAGUAUCUGCUGUGGGUCUUCCUGCCCGAUGCCGAUCAGCGCUCCCAGUUGGUCCUCCCUCCUCCUGCACACGUUGACUACAGAGCCGCUUGCUUCUGCCAUCGGAACCUCAUUGAGAUCGGAUACGUGUGCUCAGUCUGCCUGUCAAUUUUCUGCACCUUCAGCCCCAUCUGCACAACUUGCGAGACUGCCUUCAAGAUUUCAUUGCCUCAGAUGAUGAAACCAAAAAAGAAGAAGUUAAAACUAGCUACAUGAUCACCACUCUUGCUCUGGAAAUACUGGAAGAUUAAGGACAUCGGGAAUUGUCUUUAGGAGAAUAUACAGUAAUUGAGACAAGCCUGGACCAAAUAAAUUUCAUUUAGGUUUGAUUUCAAACCUUCAGUUUACACAGGACCUCGGAAAAUUAAAAAAUACAACUGGGAAGGGAAAUAAUCUCCUUUUUAUUUACUGUCACUAGUCAAAAAAUGGGUCCCGGCUAUGUUUUCUCUGUUCUGUUUUCUCAUUUACAUAAAGAGUUCUUGACUUUUAAACUAUAUCCAGAGACUGAAUUUGAAACCAACAACUAAAUGAUUUUUUUUUCAGAUCUGCUUGAUGAGUAAACUUAAUGAAAAAGAAAUUAUUUUCUUAAACAUGAAUUUGGUUAUACAAGUACAGUUGUCUUAUGGUAUUAAACUUUGUUCAUAAUAACAUUUUGUUCAGUAUUAAAUUGAAAAACCGAACAUU